GCCGUGUUCACGGAAUCUGGUGAUGUACUAGUGGAAAGGAGCCACUUGCCAGACACCUACAAUGAUAGCAGCGGCGUUCCUGGUCCUGCUCAAGCCCUACAGCGUCCAGUGCGUUUUGCUGCUGCUGCUCCUGCUGCUGGGCACCAUCGCUACCAUCUUGUUCUUCUGCUGCUGGCACCGUAAACUCCGCAAGGCUCGUCACCCCAUCAAGUCGGUCGGCUCAGGCCGUUCCAGGAGUCGAGAUGCAGGGAUGAGAUCGCACUUCCGUUCUGAGGGAUUCAGACACAGCCCACGGCAUGGCAGGAGAAGCAGCAGAUUGCGAGUUUCGGACGAGUCCAAGCCUCUGGUGGAGAUACCUGAGAGCGAUCAGGAACAUCUGGUAAGAAGGAGGAAAAUCAAGAGGAGCAGUCGGGUGCAGGCAGAGUUUUACCACUCCGUGCAGGGGACUCCAACACGCAGAGCGAGUGUCGGUAGCAGCUCUCGCCCCUGCUCCAUGUCUUCCGCCGAUUAUUCCGACGAUGAGGAUGAUUCUGGUCAGAGAUCAGGAACUGUCUCGCCAGCUCCCGGGGACACGUUGCCGUGGAACCUGCCGAAACACGAGAGAUCCAAGAGAAAAAUUCACGGAGGGUCGGUGCUGGACCCGGCGGAAAGAGCCGUUCUCAGGAUAGCCGAUGAACGGGACAAAGUCCAGAAAAAGACCUUCACAAAAUGGAUCAACAAACACCUCAUUAAGGUACGGAAACACGUGAAUGACCUGUAUGAAGAUUUACGAGAUGGACACAACUUGAUUUCUUUGCUGGAAGCCCUUUCAGGGGACACUCUGCCAAGGGAGCGAGACAUACUGAAGACGUUACGGUUGCCUCGGGAAAAGGGACGCAUGCGCUUUCACAGACUACAGAAUGUACAGAUCGCAUUGGACUACUUAAAACGUCGACAGGUCAAACUGGUGAACAUCAGAAAUGAUGACAUCACUGAUGGAAAUCCUAAGCUCACCUUGGGGCUGAUCUGGACCAUUAUUUUGCACUUUCAGAUCUCUGACAUCCAUGUUACUGGGGAGUCUGAGGACAUGUCAGCCAAGGAGAAGCUGUUACUGUGGUCACAACAGGCAGCAGAGGGCUACGCUGGAGUCAGAUGUGAGAACUUCACUUCAUGCUGGAGAGAUGGCAGAUUAUUUAAUGCAAUCAUUCAUAAAUACAGGCCGGACCUGGUAGAUAUGAGUCAAGUAGCCGUUCAGAGUAACGUGAGCAAUUUGGAACAAGCCUUUGGUGUAGCUGAAAAGCUUGGUGUCACAAGGCUAUUGGACCCAGAAGAUAUAAAUGUUCCAUCCCCUGAUGAGAAGUCUGUGAUUACAUACGUUUCGUCACUCUAUGAUGUUUUUCCCAAAGUCCCAGAAGGCGCUGAAGGCAUCCAUGCAAAUGAUGUUGAUGUCAAAUGGAUUGAAUACCAGAAUAUGAUGAACUACCUCAUGCAAUGGAUCAAGCAUCAUGUGACAGUCAUGUCUGAUCGGAGCUAUUCGAACAAUCCUGCAGAACUUAAGGCACUUUAUAACCAGUACAUGCAGUUCAAAGACACAGAAAUCCCACCAAAAGAGAAAGACAAAACUAAAAUAAAGCAGCUGUAUAAAUUGUUGGAGGUGUGGAUAGAAUUUGGUCGCAUUAAACUUCCUCAAGGCUAUCACCCAAAUGAUGUGGAAAAGGAGUGGGGAAAAUUGAUCAUUGCUAUGUUAGAAAGAGAAAAGAGCUUACGGCCAGAAGUGGAAAGACUUGAAAUGCUGCAACAAAUCGCCUGCAGACUUCAGUGUGACAAUGUGGCAUGUGAAGAUAAACUGUUACGAGCGCGAAAUUCAUACCAACUUGAUGCAAAGCGGAUGGAAUCAGGACUUCAGUUUCAGAAUGAGACAGAGGUUGCAGGGUACCUUCUAGAAUCUGAAAAUCUCAUCCGUCAACAGAUUGUUGAUGUCCAGAUUCUAAUCGAUGGAAAGUAUUAUCAGGCAGACCAACUUGUUCAAAGAGUUGCAAAGCUGCGUGAUGAGUUGAUGUUGCUGAAGUCUGAUUGUUCAUCGCUAUACAAUAAAGGGCGCACCUUAUCUUCAGAACAGACUCAGUUGAUGAUGGCUGGGCUAAAUCAAAGCCUGAAUCAGAGUUUCUCAUCAGGUUUUUCCCAGAGUUUGACACCAUCCUUGACUUCCAGUUUAUCUCGGAGCUUGACACCAAGUUUGACCCAUGGAUUGACCCCAGUUCUCACGCCCAGCUUGCCUGCAACACUCUCCUCUGGCUUAAAACCCAUUCUGGCACAUGGCUUCAUUCAAGGCUUUGUCCCCUGUAUGGACCCAGAUUCAAUCCAGACAGUAAAACUGAUGCAGAUUAGGAAACCGUUGCUGAGGUCACAAUUCAUCGACCAGUCUCUGACAGAGGAGGAGAUCAACAUGAACUUUUUGCAGGACUUAAUAAGCUGGGUGGAAGAUAUGCAGGUGCAGCUUGAUCGUGCCGAGUGGGGCUCUGAUUUACCGAGCAUCGACAGUCACUUGGAAAAUCACAAAAAUGUCCACAGAGCAAUUGAAGACUUUGAAUCAAGCAUCAAAGAAGCCAAAUCUGCUGAGGGACAGAUGACCCCAUCACUAAGUGAAAGUUAUUCAGAGAAGUUGAGCAUGCUGGAGAGUCAGUACAUCAAGCUUUUGGCUUCUUCCCGGAAUCGAGCCUCUCACCUUGACGACCUGCAAAAUUUUGUGACCAAAGCCACUAAUGAGCUCAUCUGGCUGAAUGAGAAGGAGGAGGAGGAAGUGGCUUAUGACUGGAGUGACAGGAACUCCAGCAUGUUGAGAAAGAAGGAAUACCAUGCUGAAUUGAUGCGACAGCUGGAAGAUAAGGACAUCCUCAUGAGAUCAGUGCAGGACAUGGCAGAUCAGCUGCUCCUAAGUCGUCAUCCUGCUCGAUCCACCAUCGAGGCUUUCAAAGCAGCCAUGCAAACACAGUGGAGUUGGAUCCUGCAGCUCUGCUCCUGCGUUGAAAGACAUCUGAAAGAAAACACAGCUUACUUCGAGUUUUACAAUGAUGCCAAAGAAUCCAUGGAUUAUUUGAGGAACCUGCAGGAUACAAUAAAGAGGAAGUACAGUUGUGACAAGUCCAGCAGCCUAGUGAGACUGGAGGACCUGGUUCAGGAUUCCAUGGAUGAGAAGGAACAACUUCUCCAGUACAGGAGCAACGUAGCAGGCCUUGUGAGUCGGGCGAAGAGCAUUGUGCAACUCAAACCCAGGAAUCCUGAAAAUCCCACAAGGAUCUCCAUCCCCAUCAAAGCCAUCUGUGACUACAAACAAAUUGAGAUAACAAUCUACAAAGAUGAUGAAUGUGUACUGGAAAACAACUCACACCGAGCUAAGUGGAAGGUUAUCAGUCCUACAGGCAAUGAGGCCAUGGUUCCUUCAGUUUGCUUUUCAGUACCUCCACCAAACAAAGAAGCCAUUGAAAUGGCCAGCAGAAUUGAGCAGCUCUAUCAAAAUGUUCUGGCACUCUGGCACCAGACACACAUAAACAUGAAGAGUGUUGUAUCCUGGCAUUAUCUCAUGAAUGAAAUUUCAACAAUUCGUGCUUGGAAUGUUUCUUCAAUAAAGACUAUGCUCCCUGGGGAACAUCAACAGGUGCUAGGCAGCCUUCAGGAACACCUCAGGGACUUCUUGGAAGAUAGUCAGGAAUCUGAAGUCUUCUCAGUCACUGAUGGCAACCAGCUUGAGAGAGAAGUCAAGUUCUGCAAACAGUAUUAUGAAGAUCUUCUUAAAUCGGCUGAAAGAGAGGAGCAAGAGGAAUCUGCUUGCAAUCGAUUCAUCUCCGAGUUACGGAAUAUUCGCCUUCGUGUGGAGAAUUGUGAGAAGCGCCUGAUACGACAAAUCCGCACACCGCUGGAACGAGAUGAUCUACAGGAAAGUGUGCAAAGAAUCACCGAGCAAGAGAAAUUGAAGAGUGAGCUGGAGGAGCUCAUUGUGGAUUUGGAGAAAGUCAGUGAAAAAUGUGACAAAUUCUUUGGACAAGCCUCUUCAUCGUCAGCCUCAACCUUACGUGCUGAGCUGAAUGUGGUGCUGCAGAAUCUCAAUCAAGUGUACUCUCUGUCCUCCAUUUAUUUGGAUAAGUUGAAGACUGUCAAUUUGAUUGUUAAAAAUAGCCAAGAAGCAGAGGCUCUUGUUAAACAAUAUGAAACUAAACUGGGUGAGGAAGAUGCAGUACCACCUGACACAAAGGCAAUUCAAGCUCUCCAAAAUACAUUGAAGCAAUGGCGGACUGAAGUGGAUGAGCGGCGUGAUGUCUUCCAUUCAUUGGAAGAUGAGCUGCAGAAAGGAAAGGCUGUCAGUGAACGCAUGCUGAGGGCUCACAAUGAGCGAGAUAUGGACAUGGACUGGCACAAGGAGAAAGCUGUCCAGUUAGCUGAGCGAUGGGAGAACAUUCGUUCUCAAAUUGACAACAGACUACAUGAGCUUGAAAGCAUCAGCAUUUCCCUGAACUGGUACAGAGAUUGUUAUAAAGACCUUGAUCAGUGGAUCCAAGAAAUGGAAACAACACAACAGAAGAUGCAGGAGCGUCAGCCGGAAGACAUCCGAGCCCUUGCUGAUGAGCUCAACCAACAAAAGCUAUUGACUUCAGAAGUUGAGAUGAAACAGGGCAGAAUGGACGAAUGUCAGAAAUACUCUGAUGAGUAUUCCUCUGCUGUAAAGGAAUAUGAGCUUCAGCUGAUGACCUACAAAGCCAUGGUUGACUCGCAGCAGAAGUCACCAGUCAAACGGCGAAGAAUGCAGAGUUCUUCAGAUGUCAUUGUACAAGAGUUUAUGGACCUCCGUACACGUUACACAGCCUUGGUGACCCUGAUGACCCAAUAUGUGAAGUUUGCCAGUGAUGCUUUAAAAAGAUCAGAGGAGGAAGAGAAUUCAAUUGAAGAUGUGAAGGACUCACUGGUGAAGAAUGUCAUUGAGCCUGCAAGAGUAGGAGGAGGGACUGCAGCUCUAUCGGGGAGUGAAGGAAAUGGACUGCCAACAGGUUGCUCAAGAAUCUAUCUGGAAAUGGGUGCAGAGUCUCUGCAGAUCCAGGGAGAGGGAAGGCAAGAUCCGCAUUUGCACAGUGAAGGUACAGAGAAAGAUGGCAAAGCUCUGAGGCAGUCGGUGGUCCUGAAGAAAUGCUUCCUCUGUGAGAGAAGGACAAAUGAUAUACCUGAUGGACACAAUUGGGAGGAUGUAUGUGGAACUAAACCAGAAAGGCUGCAGCUUCCAGUCCAAAAUCUCAGGUUUGCAAAGGGGCCUGCUGAGAAAGUGGGAAGAACUGGGCAUGACAAGGAGAUGUCACGAAGUGAAGAGGAAAGAAGAAGAAAAUCAUUUGCUGCUUCGGGGGCAGUGCGAUUUCUGGAUGGUACGUUCUUUGCUCGGAAAGAAGGACAAGCUAAACAGUUUAGAAAUCAGCUACCGUCCAGUGCACAAGGCUGCCAAGGCUCUGAAACAGCUGGUGAAGAUAUAGAUGAAUCUUGGCCAAAUAUACGAGGAUCUUACAGAUCGGAGGUGGAAAACCUCAGUACUAAAAAUAUGAACAGCCACGAGGGCAUCACAAAUAGUGGCUCUGAACUGGUGAAGAGUGAAGAUUUGUUUCCCCAGUAUCUAUCUCUAGAACAUACCACUUAUGUAGAAGACCUAACUGCAAAUGUUAGGGGAGAACCAAGACUUAAAACCAAAUGCAGUGCUUCGGCUGAAGAUGUAUCCCUUCCACACGCUGAAUGUGAAGAACAAGAGGAGCAAACUCUUCAAAUGCCACAGAAUGAGAUUAAAUGGCAAACUGGAGACUGCAGUGGCAAUGAGACAGAUGAACAUCUCCUUGGUUUUCAUUCCAUAAUAAAACCUGCAAAAUUGCUGGAGGGAGGUCACACCAGUUUCACACCACCAGCAGUCUCUGGGAGGUCUGCAAUUUUGGAAAAGGAAACUAUUCCCUCGAAGGUUGUGGCAAAUGAUCUGAGAAGUUGCAAUCUAGCCGUCAAGGAGAAAGCCAAUGCUCUGCCCAGUGGAACUCUGCAUGUUCAGACAAGACAACAGACAGACAAUCUUCAGGUGGAACAGGUUGAAGCUGCUCGGCAAAGUAAAAAGGCACAAGACAGACUGGAGGAAGGUUUAUCACAUGCGCAGGUGUCGUCAGUAAAUAAGGGGCUAACUGUUGAGAAAGGUUUGAAGACAAAUAGAACAGAAUCGGAAUUGUAUUCAUUACUUAUGAACAAACCAGUGUGGCCAGGAAGGUCUGACCAAAUGACAUUUGAACAAAACCCUGAACAGGGAGCAGAAAUGGGAGAGCAGAGCAAUUCAGCAGAAGAAAUGGUGAAAAGUCCCAAUAUCAUGGAGGGAACCACAAGGACAUUAGAAGGUGAAGAGCCCAUUUCACUGAUCCCAGGUACUCAAAGGACUAAUCGAGCUGCCUCCAUCCCCAAGCUUCCAGCUAUAGAACCAUUGCAAAGACCCAUGUUAUUGGAAUUCAAGCAUAUUGAUCAACCUAUCCCACUAAUUGAACAUGUUGAUGACAAAUGGGUUCAUGUUGAUAAAAACUGUGCUGAAGAAUUGGGAGAUCCAUGUGUUGAGAUUGACCUGUUUGGAACGUUGAAGAAAAUUCCAGAACAAGUGAAUCCCAUGAAGCUAAACUGUUCCACAGUGAAAUCUCAAGAGCCCCGUUUCUUGGACAUUAAACAUGAUGUAAUAUCAGCAGUGAAUUUCCAUGGAUUUGAGACUGCCAGAGCAUCACUCAAACCAGAUGGGGAGAGUGAAGAAGAAAGUCAUGAAGGCACUAUGCCAUUUAGGAAAGAGAAGAAUAGUAUGCGUGAACAAGUGAAAGAGAAUAUCCAGGAGGAGGUGGUUGGAACUCCAGAAUUGUUGAAAUGGCAGAAGGUGGAAGAAAUUUGUGAAGUGGAACAGAGGCUGAAAAAUAGGACUGGAGCCAGUGUUGAAAGUGGGAGCUUCCCAAGACAAUCUGAAGAGAAAUCGGUAGAAGAGGCAAAGCAAGAGCAUGUUGAUAAAGUUGGCGAAUUGUUGAAAUGGGUGUCUGAGAAGAGCAAGUGCUUGGCAAAGAGACGACUGGCAUCUCCUGCAGCGGAGCCUGGUGAAGUGGAAAAGUCGCUUUCUGAGAAUCAGGUGCUUUGUGUGGAAUUGUCAAACAAGAAAGAUGAGAUUGCUGAAGCUAUCCACACGACGCAGAUAUUCUUGGCCAAGCACAGUGACAAGAUAUCGGAAGAAGAUAAACAGCAAACUGAGAAACAGCUUGAGUCUCUUCAGGAAGCUUAUGAUAAGUUGUGUGAGGAGUCUUCUGAUGGCGUCCAGCAAAUGCAAAGUACACUAGCUGAAGAGGCAGUGGAGAAGGACUAUGAAACCAUUGCAGGUGUUCUUGAUCUGGCGACUGGGAUGGUUUGUCCGAUAUUCUCUGCAAUACGCCGUGGCCUUAUAGAUUACGACACAGGGGUGAUUUUGCUGGAAGCUCAGGUCAUUGUGUCAGGUCUAAUUCUUCCAGAAACAAGGCAAUGCCUUGGUAUAGAAGAAGCCUUGAGAUGUCAAUUGAUAGAUGGAAAGAUCUUUAACCAUCUGGAAGAGUUGAGUAAUUCAGCCAAAAUUAUUUCAAGUGGCACCCAUCCUGUUGUUGGUGUUUAUGACAGCAACAUUAUCUCAGAAAUAUCGGUCAUUAAAGUCCUUGAGGCACGGUUUGCCACUGGAGGACUCAGGGUUCCAGCCACGGGUGAAAGAUUUAAUCUUGAGGAAGCUUUUCAGAGAGAACUCAUCACUGCUCAGCUGUACUUCAAAUUGCAAGAGAGGCAGAAGAUGUGCAAGGAGCUGAUUGAUCCAAAUACAGCUGAGAAGGUAUCAUUAAUGGAAUUAAUGCAAAGAGUCACAGUAGAUAAAGAAACUGGAUUAAGACUACUUCGUGUAAAUCAAAGAGAGUGGGGCACAAUCAACUUGAAAUCUGGGAGACAGAUCAGUGUUCUACGGGCAGUCCAUGAAGGCGUCAUAGACCGUGAAGUGAUGAUCAGGCUUCUUGGUGCUCAGCUGUUCGCUGGUGGGCUUAUUCACCCUCAGACAGGAGCUCAGCUAACAGUAGAUGAAGCUUUGGAAUGCGGUCUCAUUGAUCACGAUACAGCUUCAGGCCUCCUCACUCACCAAAUUCAAACAGGAGGCAUUAUUGACACAGCUACUGGCAGGCGGUUAACCAUGGAUGAAGCUGUGCAAUGCAAUUUAAUAUCAUCAAGCAGUGCACUUUUGGUCCUGGAAUCACAGCGGGUAUUUAUGGGUCUCAUUUGGCCUGAUUCUGGGGAGAUAUUUUCUGUCGACACUUCUUUGCAACAGGGAGUGGUAACAAAUGAAUUAGCCCACAAAAUCUUGAAUAACAGGCAAAAAAUUGCAGCCCUUUAUAUCCCUGAGAGCUCAUCAGUGCUCACACCUGAAGAGGCAAGCAGCCUAGGUAUAGUAGACACAAAUGAAGCACAUGUUCUAAACACAGUAACAUUGCCUGACUUGAUGCCUGGCGCCAAACACUUUCAGUCUUCCCAUGAAGACAUCAUGAACUGGGGAUCAAAUUCUGAAGUCAAAACAUAUGCUACUAAUGAACCUACCGGUGUUAAAGAAAGAGGCGGCGAUGAUAAUUCAACUCUACAGCAGAUGGAAAUUCAGAAGAAAUUUGUAUCUUAUUUGAUGAUGCACAGCUAUAUGGAUGCAGGCUCAGGAAGGAGGCUACUCUUGGUUAAUAGUGACUUAAAUGAAAAGAUUAAAAUGGUGAUGGAAGCAAGUGGUACAGAUAUUCCAUUAGAAAAUCAGCAAGAGUACCUUCAUAUUCAAGAUGACAGUGUUCUUGAGAAUCUGUUGGAAGCUGUAAAAACAUCAGAAGGUAUCAGCUCCCUUAAAAACCAUCUUCAUUCUGAAAGGUUGGAUUCAGAUGAUAGAAUGGAAAAACAGAGUGUUGAUGCACCAAAUGAACAUUGUAGGAAUAUUAAUAAUGAAGCAUUAUGUUGGAUGCCUGGAGUGCGACAGUUUCCAACAAAUGAACUCAAAGAGUACGCAUAUUCACAGACGAUAGAGAGUCCAAGAAAUUGUGUGACUGACAUCAAAGAGAGCAAAGCAAUUCAGGCAAUUGAAGCAUUAGAUAAUUUUGAAGGUUGUCCUGAAGUGCCAUCUCUUCCUGAAAACUUAAGUGAGCAUCCAAACCUUAAUGAAAGUGUUCAAUUGGCCAGCCAAACCAACCAUGCUAAUUCUUUUGAAAAUGAUUUAGGAAACCAUUUGAGAAAAAGUGAAGAGGUUCCAAAAGAUGAUCAGGUUACUCAAGUGGUAGUUUCAUUGUUGCAAACUGCAGAUUCAUUCCAAGAGGAGGAAGUUGCCCAGACUGUGUCUUCAACAGAACACUUGCCAGCUGAAAUCAGCUCGAGGAUUCCAACAGAGCAGUCAUCUCCAUCUCAUGAACACCAUAAGUUCACUCUAUGUCCAUUGGACACGGAUCUCCAAAGAGACUUUGGCGAUGCUCGAAAUAAAAUGCUGGGCCUUGAUACAUCAUCUGAUAUGCAGAAUGGUGAUAAAAUUAACGAUGGUACUCAUGGUUUUGAAGACGCAUUAGUGAGCAACGCAGAGCAUGCUAACAAAACUUCAAACCGUGUGACUACUCAGCAGUACUUGGAAGCUUCAGAAAUGGUAGAAUCUAAUGAUGCAGGCAGAAGACAAAAUAUUGCUGAGCUAUCAAUGGAAUAUCAAAACAGCAUGGCAGAUACAUCUGCAAACUCUGUUCCUUUGGAAUCACAGCUGCCAAUUGGUAAAGAUGGAUUUAUUUCUGAUCAAUUAGAAACUGAAGCAGAAACAAGCGAAGACCUCGUAUGUGGGAAGAACAAAAUAAGGACAAUUGAAAUGUUAGAAGAUAUUGCGGACUUACAUGAAAUGGUAGAUUUUGUUGGUACUUCUGAUGAAGAAAGAUUAAGUGAAAAUGCAAAGACUAAUGUCAUAAUGAAAAUGAAGGAUGAAGAACAAUUGCUUACAGAUGACAAGAAUUCUGUUGUUGCUGAUAAAGAUAGUAAUCUUGAAAACCAGGCCAGCUUUCAUAAGUUGAUAGAAACACAUGCAGAUUUCCCAAUGGAGACAGUGUUUGACGUAAUGAGUUCAUCAGUGGAAGAGUGUCUCUCAGUAUCCAAUGAAAUCUUGGAUCUGAGCCCUGCAGACAUUGGAAGUAAAGGUGCACACUCUGCGAAUGACACUGAGGGCCGUAAGGAAUCAGAGCAGAAAGUAAUAAAGAUCAUCGAAACAUUGGAUGACUUGGCAGACUUAGAUAAAAUGGAGAUUGCUGAAGAAUCUGUUGUGAGAGAUAGUUUGUUAGAGGAUGAAAGUCCAAAUUCCAGUGAAGAAGGUAACAAUGACAAAGUGUUAGCGAAUGGAUUGAGUGGACCCACAAAUAUGGUUGAAGAUGGUGCCAUUUACCAAUAUGCUUCAGUAGGUGAUGAGGUUGAAAAUGGGAGGACCAAAUUCAUUACAAGUGUGGAAGGAUUGGACGAUAUCGCAGACAGCCAGGAAAUGCUGUGGUUUGUUGAAGAGCUUACAGGAAUGGAAGGGACUCAAAUGUUUAGUCCUUCUGGAGUUGAAAAUAUCAAGGAUGUAUUUGAAUGUUCCACACAAAUGGUAAGCGGUGAAGUUAAUUUUCUAAAUAAUGCAAAAUUUAAUUCAAAUACCAGUGAACAAGAUCAGCACAAACAAGUGAAUAUUAAGGCUGUGCAGGAAGCAAUGAAGAACUGUGGAAUACCUGAGCAAAGUACAUCAGUGGGUAAUCUAAUAAUAAUGGAUAAAGUGAAAAGUGACUGCAGUCUGGAUGUAAGAUGUCCAUUGCAAGAGAGCCCACAUGAUGGUGUGGUGACACUGGAGAAUGCUGAAGGCAUCUGCAGAGGUCAUGGGAGAAAUUUGUACAUCUUGGAAGAAGAGGAUGAAGAAUACGAUGCAGACAAGAUUUCUUCAGAGGCAGUUGGGAGUAGGAAAUGGGACAGAUCAACUUUGAUGAAACAUUACAAAUCAGAACUUGAAACAGGUGGAAUAUUUGACGCUGUUACUGGUAAAAACUACAGUCUUGAGGCUGCUUUGGCACAUGGACUUUUGGAUGAGGAGAUGGCUGUGGAUGUUUUGGUUUCACAGUUCCAAGGUGGAGGUAUUUGUUUUGAGGAGAGUGGUGAAAAUUUAACUCUUAGUGAUGCAGUGGCGAAGGGUCUUUUACCAAGUGAUGUUGCUAUCAAAGUGUUGGAUAAGCUUGGAUUGAUUGGAGGAUUCUAUAACCCUGGUACAGGAGAAAUAAUGGAAGUGUCUGCUACAGCAGAGCAAGUCGUAAACAAUGACCUCUUGACAAAAGUAUUACUUUCGGAAAAAAUGGUCUCUGGAAUCAUUGACCCAGAGACUAAGAAGCUGCACAGUGUUCAUGAUGCAUUAAGACUUGGUAUUUUAAACUCGUGUACAGCUCUGCAUUUGCUAGAUGCCCAAAUUGUUUCUGGUGGCAUCGUGGAUCUCAAACAAGAAGACCAAUUAUCAGUGGCCGCAGCCUCAAAGCUCUGCCUGGUUGAUGAUGAAACUGCUGAACAGUUGAUGAAAAUAGAAAAGGCAAAAAAUGGAGGGCAAGUCGACGAGGUGACCAAACAAAGGGCACUAAAUUACCAGUUUGAAAUGUAUGGCAUAUUGGAUCCUCAGACAAAACAACCUUUGUCUGUGUUGGAAGCAGUUAACAACCACCUUGUGGAAAGGGAUGAUGUGCUCUCUGUUCUGCGUAAACAAGUCGUAGAUGGUGGUAUCAUUCAACAUAAAUCAGGACUUCGCCUCUCUGUAGCUAAUGCUUUGAGGCAUGGUUUAAUUAAUGAAGACCUAGCUGAUGACCUGUUUGAAUUAGAAACAUCAUGCCAAACUUCAAACGCUGAGAAGAAUUUGUGUUCUCAAGAAAUCUCUCAGUGUUUACAUUUUCCAGUGGCAAUUGAAAAGAACCAGAAAAUUAAUGAAGACUUCAUUGAAUUCAAAAAUGGAAAAUCAGUGAUUCAAGUAGAGUCUGGUGAUGAAAAAUUAUUGAAUAGUAAUUUAAACAAAGAAAUUAACCUUUACAAAAGCCAGGAUAAUUUUGGUGAAAGCCAAAUUAGCAUUAUUCCUUACUCUAAUUUGGUGAGAAUAAGUAAAAUAGAUAUAGUCACUGGGCGAAGAUACUUGGCAGUAAAACCUCAUGAACGAUUUUUGAAUGUCGAAGAUGUUGAACCAAUGUCAACAUUACGAGUGGCAGAUGUGGAUCUGGCUAGCGCUCUCAAAGGGGACAAAGAGGAUAAAACCUUGAUAUGUGCCAGAGAAGAUGAAAUCACUGAUCAGGAUGUUGGAGCAAAGAGUGAACUGAACUGUCAGAUAAACUCCUCACUUUCUGGCUCCUCUGUUCCGGAAAGUGUUCAAGAUAUUUCCCUCAAUAUUGAGUUUCAGGGGCAGACUGGACAAACUCCUGAAGAAAAUUUGUCCAGAAAAUUGGACUACAUGCCAUCCAAAUCACCUUGUAUUGAAGAUUCACUGCAAGGUGACUUUUUCUCAUACAUUCGAGAAUGCACAUCAGAUAUUGAGCUGGAGACUGAUACAUCAGAAUUGGCUGGAAAAGAAAAUCUUGUAACAUGUGAAGAGGAACUUAAUGAGGAAUUUGGAAAAUUGACUGCAAAGAUGUUUAUGGAAGAAAAAUGUGUGGAAGAGAUGGAGCCAAACAAUUCACCAGCCAAUAUCAUGGUUCAAGGUCUAAUGAGUACCAAGGAAAAUGGUGAUUUGGAAGAAAGUUUUGAAGGAAGAAAGCCUGAUAUAAUUCUCAGCCCAGAUGAUAAAGCACAAUUGAAUGGAAUUUCCAAAAAAAGUAAUCAAGUUGCACAAAGUUCUGGCUGUGAAGAAGGUGCAGAAGGAUCUGAACAAACUGUAAACAUUGGAAUGGCUGUGGGGAAUGUGCUGAAAGCUGUGUAUAUGAAAUUCAAUGAUGCAUUCAAAAGAAAACCAAGUGAAAAUGAAGAAAUCCCAAGUGAUGCUCCAAUGAUAAAUGAAUGUGGGCAAAAUAAAAAGGUGGUUGAAACUUUAAAUGACCCUGCAGAACUUGUAAGUAAAGUGAAAAAAAUGGAGAAAAACGUGGCCGAUCCUUCUGAAGCAGGAGGAAAUGAGGGUGAGAUGUCAGACUAUGGUGGUGAAAAAUCAUUGGGAGAAUCUGAAAAUCAUUUAAGUCAAGAAAGAAUCAAUGAAGAAAUGCGAGAUCAGAAUUUUGAAGGUGGUCAGAAGCUUGAGAUGUCAUUGGACACAACAAAUAAUUCAUUAUGGCUUGAGGAUAAAGGCAAUUUGGUUUUGGAAGAGGAAAGUCCUGUCCAUUCAGAAAAAAUGCUUGGUCUCACAACUGUUGAAAAUGAGUCUUCAGAAAAUACAGAUGAUCAAAGAACAGUCAGAAUUAAUGGUGGAACUGAUGAUAGUAAAAAGGCGGACACCUUUGAUUUGAAGGAACGCAGUAGAGAGAUGGAAGAUGGCGCUGCAAUGCCUAAUGCUCAGGAUGUGGCAAAUUUAUGUGGUGAUACUUGGGCUGCUGUAAGUAAGUCAGAAAUUCUCUUUGAUUGUCUGAAACGAGAGCUUCUCAAUGAAAAGUUUAGUGAAUCAUUUGGUUUGAAAGAAGAAAAGUCCUUAAAAAUAGCAGAGUCGAUUGCUUGUUUGAAGCCAGUAAUGAUGAGUGCACACGUGCAGGAAAUGCUUUUUGCAUUAAUUGAAGAGAAAGAUCCUUACAGUUUGAAAAACCAAGCCCUGGUCAGCAGCCUAAUUGAUGAGCUUUUCUGUGAAAUAAAACAUGAAAUUCCAGAUUUGACAGAAGACAGGCAAGUGAAAGAGACACUCUGUGAAAGAUUUCUUGUGCUACUCAGCACUGCAGGAACUCCUCAAAGUAUAUUGCAGCAAACGGUCAAGGAGAAAAGGACUGACAUGAAUCAAGCAACUCAGGUGAAAGAAAAUGACCAAAGUGUAGCUUGUCAUGACAAUGGGAAUCUUGGUUCUCCUAUCAGAGGGUCAGAAUCACAAGAAGGCAUAGAGAAGGUAGCCAUUUAUGACAGUGCAUCAAAAGACGCUCACAUUAAUGAUGAUGAUGGUACAAUGAAGAGGAUGAUAGAAAUAAAGCAAAAUAGGCAGAAAGAUGAUCUACUAAUGCAAUCUGCUGAUUUUUCUGAUGAAGUGAAAUUCUUUGAAGAUGCUCAACCCAAAGUCAUUUUGGAGGAUGCAUCUGAUGACAUUGGGAUUAGCAACAAUAAGGGUCUUGAGGAAGUGAAGGAAGUGUUGCAAGUCAGGCAAGAUGGAAAAUAUGUAAGUGAGAAUGGAAAGGAGAAAGUACCAGCUGAUUCUCAACCAGAUCUGGCAAACAAUAUUCAUGAGCAUACCACUGAGCUAGCAGUGAAUAAUUCCUGCGUUAAAGUGAAUGAAGAAGACAAUGCGAAGGAAAAGACACAGGUGCAGGGUGGCCAAAAUACAAAUGAGGACAAAAAUGAAAAUCUGCUGAUGCAGUCUCCUUACAGUGAUCAAGAAUUUCGGAAGAACAUUCAGGAGAGUGAAAAUCUUGGCGAUGCAACAAACAAUGUAUGGACUACAAAUAUAAUUAAUGAAAGAGGUGUGCAAUCUAGUGUACACAGUACAAAUGAAAGGACAAAUGAAGAUUCAGUUGCUACAUCGUUUAGUAAUCCUGUUGAAAUAGAAGCAGUAAUAGAAAACAUUCAGGAACCAUUCACCUUUGAAGAUGCAUCAUGGAUUAAUGAGAAUAAAGAUGAUGUGAAGGACAUGGUUGAAACUGUUGCAUGUGACCAAGAUGAAAAUGGAAAGAGCAGUAAGGAUUUAGUGAUGCAGUCUUCCGAUGUAGCUUGUGAAAUGAAACUAUUGGAAGGCAUUGAGGAAGAGACCAACAUUAAACUUGAACAGCAUGUGGACCACAAGACUGUUGAGGAGGAUGGACAGAUAUGUAACAUUGCACAACAGUGUUUGGAACAUGCAGAGAACUUGCAAGCUCACUUGAUGUUACUCCAAGAUAGGAGAAUCCAACUGGAGAGCCUGCAGCCAGUUGACACGGACCUGGAAAUCCUUCAAGAGCAACUAGAUUACCACAAAUUAGUAAAGUGUGAGCUGGAGGAGUCAGUAACACGCGAUCUGAAAGCUGCCGAGAAAUUUCUGGAUAGUGUUCACCUGGAUCCUGAUGAACCAUUACAGAAGAAUUUGGAAACUGACUGUAAAGAUUUACAAACGUCUCUCCGGGACAUGAUUGAUGUGUGUGCGAGCAGGGUCGAGGCCCUGUCAAGUGCCAUUGAAAUAGAACAGUCUAAGAUCAAGGCGAUGCAUCAGGAGCUCCUUACCACACUGGAUCAUCUGUCCACUCACAUACAAGAAAAUGCAACCGCCUUAGAAACUCUGUUCCCAGACAUGUCCAGUGAUUUGGAAACUGUUGAAAGCUGUAUACAGCAACGCAAGGAUUUGGAGAAAACCUUGACCAAUUUGAAAAUUCAGCUUGAUACUACUGCAUUUGAUAUACAGUUCUUUGUUUCUGAGCACGCAGUGGACUUCUCUCCACAGGAGAACAGGAAACUACUCAAACAUUUGAAUAGUACCCAGACAUUGUUUAAAAGUGUGAUGGAAAGAUUAACAGUACAGGUGGAGGCUUUGAAUCUUCAAUUACAGACCAGAUUAGAGCUGGAUGAUCAGAAGGCAUUCGAAGAAAAGCAAGGAGAGUGUAACAAGAAAUUACAGGAAAUGUGCGAUUUACUGAUGGUGACUGAAAACAAAAUCAUUGGUUAUGAGAGUGGAAUGUCCAUCACUGGUGAUAGCUUAGCUAACUUACAACAGCAUCAGAUGGAGCACCAGGCCUUACAGAAGGAAAUUGAGGCAAACGCAGCCACUUUAGCAAAUGUGGUAAAUGCAACGGAACAGUUCUUAGAGAAGAACAGGGACAAACUCAAACCAGAAGAAAGAGAUGCAAUGGAUAGGAAACUGAAGGACACCAAGUCAAAGCUCAAUCAGUUGAGUGAGCAAGUGGAUUCCAAACUCAAGAACCUGGACAAUGCUGUAACGACUGCUCUCAAACAGGAGACUGAGAAGGCUGCAGUGGUUGAACAGUUAAAGGAGAAUGAGAGUAAAAUCCAAGGACUCUUGGGUUGGUUGUCAAAUAUAGGACAGGAGCCAAUAAGUGAACAGAAAAUAAAAGAGACAUUGCAACAGAAUGGCAACACUAUUUUUGUGGAUGGACUGAAAAGUCUGGAGAAUGAGGAUACAGUGAAUGGAAACCUACCUCAGGACUUGAGUGAGACCAAAGCAGACAAAGCAAUGGAACCAACAACUGAUGGGGAUUUGAAUCUUCAGUACCAAAGAGCCAAGCUUCAUCACCAACAAGUUAUGUCACAACAACAGUCCUACAUUAUAUCGACACAGUCGGUGCAGGAUUUCCUGAAGAAGCAAGGCUCCAGUAUUUCUGCAGAGGAACGAGAGAAGUUGGAGGAGGACCUGAAUAAGUUGAAGGUUCAGUAUGAGACCACACUGGCCCAGUCAGAAACCAGACUGAAAUUGAUACAGACUGUACAGGAUGAGCUGCAGAAGUUUUCCAGCGAUUACAACGAAUUUGAAAACUGGCUGCACCAGUCUGAACAGCAGUUAGAGGAUCUCCAAACCGGCGCCACUGAAGUCGAAACUCUUGUUGGCAAGCUGCAAAGACAGAAAAGCUUUUCUGAUGACGUCAUCUCGCACAAAGGCGACUUGCGGUAUAUCACCAUCUCAGGGCAAAGAGUUCUUGAUGCUGCUAAAUCUUGUGGCAAAUUGGAUCUCGGCAAAGAGAUAAAGCCAUGUAUUGACACAUCUGCAACUUGUGAUUUGGUGCAGAGGCAACUUGAUGUGGCCAGUGACUCCUAUAAAUCGCUGCAUUCAAAGUGCAAUUCAUUGGGUAAAAAUCUCAAAGAUGUGGUGGAUAAGUACAGCCAAUACCAAGAAAUUUCAACAGGCUUUCUACCAUGGCUUCAAGACACUGAGGAAGCUGCAAAAAUUCAGUUGACUGAGGCCAUUGCUGCAGAUCCUAAAAACCUACAGAAACAACUGAAGCAAGUCAAGGCUCUGCAGGAUCAGUUGUCUGGAUACCAAAGCACUGUAGAAAAGCUAAGGAAAACCGUUGAUGCACUUAUGAAUACCGAGGGCAAUCUCCUACUGAAUCGUGAUGAAAUCCAAGAUGAUGUGGAUGAUGUUGUGUUGAGAUUUGAGAAUCUAUCCAAAUCGACCAGUGACCGCAAUGAGAAGCUGCGGAUGACACUCACACGGUCCCUAAGUGUUCAGGAUGGUUUGGAUGAAAUGCUUGAGUGGAUGGCUAGUGUUGAAAAGAGCCUAGAAGAUGACGAGGAGAUGCCUUUGAAUUCUGCUGCUAUUCAAGAGGCCUUCAGUAAAAACGCUGUGCUGGAACAGAACAUUGCCAGUCGCCAAAGCAGUAUUAGCGCCAUUAAAGAGAAAGCCAACAAGUUCAUAGCGACAGCGGAUCCAACCACUGCCUCUGCAUUGCAAGCAAAGGUGGACGAACUUGCCAAGCGGUUUUCUUCAGCCAGUGGCCGCCACAAGGAAAGAACAGCCAAACUGGAAAAACUCAGAGCCAAAGUGGAACUUUUUGAGAAGACUUACCAAAAAAUCGAGCAGUUUGUAACCAAGAAAUCUCUGUCUCUCCCUGAAUCUGAUGGACCAGGAAGAGAUGUUGCUGAACUCUCACAGUAUAUGCAGGAAAUGAAGGCUGAACUAUUGGACCAGAGUAAAGAUCUCAACACAUUAAAUCAGUUGGCUGAAGAGCUGGGGGGAUGCGCUACAGAUAAAGAACGGACACGGAUCCUCAACAGUGUCAAUGCUCUGUCAAAGCAUUUUCAAGAACUGGGAGAGGCUACCAAGAAAAGAGAGGAAGAAUUAUUUUGUUGCCAGCUUCAGACAGAUCAAUUUAAAGCACUGCUGAUGUCGUUCAAUAAGUGGGCGGAGGGAAUGAACACAAGGAUUCCAAUUGUAGACCCAAGUCUAACUACAGAAGCUCUUCAGAAGCAUUUAUCCAGUAUUCAGGGCAUGCUCAAUGAGUGGUCUUCAAAAGCUUCCGAACUUGUGGAAGUUAAUCAGAAAGGGUCAACUUUGUGUCACCUAAUCAAUACACUGACUUCUCCAGCCUAUUCAAGGACAAUAUUCAAAUCAGGUACACAAGUAGUGAAUGGUGGGGGAGCAGUCUCUGCUAUCUGCGAUUCCAAAGAGCUAAUUGCUAUCCAGCAGGACAUUGCAGAUGUGAAUCAUCAAUAUGAAAAGAUGGGAGGCUUGCUGAAGGACAAGGAGAAUCAAUUGGAAACUAUGCUAGCUCAGAGACAGGAAAUUCAGGAAGAGGCCAAUUUGGUGAAGGAAUGGUUGGAGUCGAUGGAUAGAAGAGCAGCAUCAUGGGAUACAUUGCCAACUGAGACUGAAUCUAUAAAGGAACAAGUUGAACAGCAAAAGAUAUUUGAAGCUGAAUUGAACCAAAACACUGGCAAGGUUGGACAAGUGAAAGAAAGGUUGGCAUUAUUGCUGGAGGAGAACACUGACGCUCCAGAAGCUGGGAAAUGGAGGCAGAUGCUGGAUUAUAUAAAUUCAAAAUGGCAACAAAUCAGCCAGUCAGCAGCAGACCGGCAGCAGAAGUUGGAGGAGUCAUCCAGUUUCCUUACUCAGUUUGAGAUGGCAGAGGUGCAGCUCAGCCAGUGGCUUAUUGAGAAGGAACUAAUGAUGAAUGUGCUUGGACCACUUUCCAUUGAUCCACAUAUGUUGAAUAAUCAGAAACAACAAGUCCAGAUAUUGCUCAAGGAGUUUGAGACACGAAAGCCACAGCAUGAACAGUUGAAAACAGCAGCCGAUGGCAUUUUGCGUCAAUCAGAUGACCCUGCUGUGGCUAGUGGAGUUGUGAGCAAUCAGCUGGCUACCGUCACACAAAAAUGGGACAACCUGACAGGGCAGCUGGUUGACCGGUCCAACCUCAUCGAUCAGGCCAUCGACAAAAGCAGCAGGUACCAGAGUUUAGUGCGGGACCUCUCAGCCAGGCUGAACAUCUUAGAAACUAAGCUGGCUGAUCAACCGGCCAUUGGGUCCCAACCCGAAGCCGUGAAAUCCCAGCUGGAAGCAGCCAGUGAAAUCCGGUCGGAGUUGAAGCGGGAGGAAAAGUCAGUGCAGGAGGCCCAGAGGAUCUGUGAGGAGAUCUCAGCCCUCGUUGGUGAACAAUACCUGAAGGCCGAGCUUAGCAGACAGUUGGACAAUGUUUUGAAACCCUACCGAGAUCUAGAAGAAAGAGCAGGAAAUCAAGUCCGUCAGCUACAGUCAGCACUUGCUAAUUCCGAGCAAUUUCAACAGAUGUUCGAUGAUUUUAAGGCCUGGAUGGAUGGAAAGUGCAGUGAACAAGACCAAAGGCCUCCCAUAUCUGCCAAGCUGGAGCGCCUGCAUUUGCUGAUUGAUGAGCAGGCAGAGUUUCAGAAAUCCUUGGCCCAGAAAGCUGGGUCCUACGAGAUGAUCCUAGUGGAAGGUGAGGCUCUCCUGCAGAAUAUGCAGCCCAGUGCCGAGAAAACAGCCUUACAGGGUCGCCUGGGAACACUCCGGGCUGACUGGGAAGAACUAGCUAAGCAGGUAGAAGCCAGACAGGAGAAACUGAGGGACUGUUCCCAGAAAGCCGAAAAGUAUAGGGAAUGUGUUGAGCACCUGCUACCGUGGAUACAAGAGUUCGAAGAAAAGGCUUCUCAGGUACAAGUCUGCAGCAACGCUGCUGAAAUUGAAUCUUCAUUGGCAAACAUUAAAGGUUUACAGAAUGAUGUGGAUAAACAUCGAAGGGCAAUAGAUUCUCUAAAUAAUGCUGCCGACAGCUUGAUUGAAGCUAGCGAGGCUGAUCAGCAAGAUAUCCAAAGCGAGAAGGCUUCAGUCAAUCAAAAGGUUGAUCUGAUUAAUAAACAGCUCCACCUGAAAGUCAGUUCUCUGGAUGAGAUGGCAAAAUGUAUGAAGGAGUUUCAGAAUUCUCUCAAAGAUGCGAAGAAGCAAAUUGAUGGAGCUAAGCAGCAACUUGAACUCCAUGAUGCCCUUGGACCCCAGGCAUAUACUAAUAAAUAUCUGACCAACAUGAAUGCCCAGCAGAAGGCUCUUCAGGCUUUGACAUCGCAAGUGGAGAAUGUCAAAUGCCUUGCUCAGAGAUUGGCUGCUGCUCCCUCGCAUAGUGCUGGGACAUCUUUGAUCCUGCAGCAAGCCAAUUCUUUACAGGACGAUUAUGCAUCAGUGAGCCAGAAAGUACAUGAGAAAUGCUCCUUCUUGGAGACCAAGCUCCAAGGCAUUGGGCAGUUUCAGAACACUAUCCGGGAGAUGUUUUCCUUAUUUGCCGACCUUGAUGAUGAAUUGGACAGCAUGGCUCCUGUGGGAAGGGAUCUGAUCUGUCUGCAAGCACAGAAGACUGGCACCCAGGAUUUCAUCAUCAAACUGCAGGAACUAACAAUGAGCAUUGAAGGUGCGAAGAAAGAGGGCAAGCAGAUGCUGGAGUCAGCAAGUUCUCCAGAUUUACUGGGGUUAAAGAGGGAUUUAGAUGCUUUAAGUAAACAGUGCAAUAAACUGCUGGACAGGGCAAUGAUCAGAAAAGAGCAAGUGGAAACCAAUCUUGCUCGGGUUGAGGAAUUCAACAGUAAAUGCAAGACGUUUAGCAAGUUGAUGACAGUCGCUGAGGAGCAUGAAGAGAGUCAGGGCAGUGUUGGAACAGAAACAGAUGUCAUCAACCAACAACUGGAAUCAUUCAAGGUAUUUCAGAAGGAAGAAAUUGAACCUCUUCAGACUGUGCUCCAAGAGGUGAAUCGACUCGGGCAAGGACUGAUCCAGAGUGCAGCUAAAAAUACCAAUAUCCAGACAUUGGAACACAACCUUGAAGAAGCAAAUACGAGAUGGAAUACUCUAACGACAAAGGUUGCAGAACGAGCAGCCAAGCUGCACGAAGCUCUGUUGCAUUGUGGGAGGUUUCAGGAUGCACUCGAAUCAUUGCUCAGUUGGUUAAUGGAUACAGAGGAACUCGUAGCCAAUCAGAAGCCACCUUCAGCUGAGUUCAAAGUAGUUAAGGCUCAGAUUCAAGAACAGAAACUUCUCCAACAUUUGCUGGAUGAUCGCAAACCAACUGUGGAAAUGAUCAAAAGGGAAGGGGAGAAGAUUGCUGGGUUGGCUGAUUCAACAGAUCGAGAGAAGACCCUGAAUCAGCUGCAAGGCCUGAGUCGUCGAUGGAAUUCCCUACUGACCAAGGCUGAAGACAGGCAGCGGCAGUUGGAAGCCAUCUUGGUGGUGGCUCAGCAGUUCCAUGAUACUGUGGAACCCUUGAUUGAAUGGCUUUCUGCUGCUGAGAAGAAAGUUGCAAACUCUGAACCUAUUGGCACUCAAACUGCCAGACUGCAAGAACAGAUCUCCCAGCAUAAAGCCAUGGAAGAUGACGUCGUCAGUCAUGGCAAACAGUUGCACCAGGCCAUUAGUAUUGGUCAGUUGCUAAAGAAUAUGAGCUCCAGAGAUGAUAAAGACAUCGUGCAGGGAAGGCUGGAUUCUGCCCAGACACGGUACAUUGAGGUCCAGGACAGGUGUGGCCGUAAAGCUGCCCUGAUCCAGCAGGCCCUCUCCAAUGCAUGGAUUUUUGGGGAGGAGGAGGUGGAAGUUCUGAACUGGUUGGCUGAAGUACAGGACAAGCUCAACAACGCAGCCAUUCAAGACUACAAUCCUGAUCAUCUUCACAAACAGCAUUCCGAACAUAUGACACUUCAUGAAGACAUCAUGCUUCGUAGACAGCAUGUCGAUCAGGCCAUUAAGAAUGGAUUAGCUCUCCUGAAACAGACAACAGGGGAUGAAGUUAUAAUCAUUCAGGAAAGGCUAGAUGGCAUCAAAGCACGCUAUGCUGACAUUACUACUACCAGUGGAAAAGUCUUGAAAACCCUAGAACAGGCCCUUCAGCUGGCUACUAAGUUUCAGUCUGCUCAUGAGUUAUUAACUACCUGGCUCGAGAAGGUGGAGGCUGAACUGACCACGUAUGCUUCUGAGGUUUUUGCGGGAGAACAGCUAGCUCAAACACAGAAGAGACAGAAAGAGUUGAGGAAAGAGAUGAUGGAGCACAGGGUAAGCCUGGACACAGUUAAUGAGGUCAGCAGUGCUUUAUUGGAGUUGGUCCCAUGGAGAGCGAGAGAAGGACUCGAUAAACUGGUAUCUGAUGACAACGAGCGUUAUAGAUUUGUGAGCGACACCAUAGCACAGAAGGUGGAAGAAAUAGAUGCUGCUAUACAAAGAUCUCAGCAGUUUGAACAAGCAGCAGAUGCAGAGAUUGCCUGGAUCACAGAAACAGAGAAGAAGCUCAAAUCACUUGGUGACAUAAGGCUUGAACAAGAUCAGACCUCUGCUGAGUUACAAGUUCAAAAGGCAUUUUCAAUGGAUAUUUUGCGGCACAAAGAUACAAUUGAUGAACUUGUUGCAAAUGCAGAUCAAAUUAUGAGUUCCUGCACUGAAGAAGAGAAAGCAUCCCUGAAGAACAAACUGGACAUGCUUCAAAAACAAUAUGAGGUGAUCAGCCAGAUGAAUGCAGAGAGAUACCUGCAGCUGGAACGGGCUCAGUCUUUGGUCAGUCAGUUUUGUGAGACCUACGAAGAGCUCUGGCCAUGGCUUGAAGAGACCCAGGUGUUAAUUACACAGUUACCCACACCAGCCAUCGAAUUUGAGAUGUUAAAGCAACAACAGGAAGAGCUUCGGCAACUGCGGGAGCUGAUAGCGGAACACAAGCCUCACAUAGAUAAGAUGAAUAAAACUGGACCUCAAUUACUGGAGUUAAGCCCUCGGGAAGGUUUGGGCAUUCAGCAGAAGUACACAGCAGCUGACGCACUUUACAGUAAGAUCAAAGAGGACGUUAAACGAAGAGCCACCUCACUGGACGAAGCCAUUUCUCAAUCCACUCAGGUUUUGGAGUUCCAUGACAAGAUCAGCCCCAUGCUCGAAGCCCUGGAGCGCAUUGCCAUCAGAUUGCAACAACCACCUUCCAUCUCUGCUGAGGUGGAGAAAAUCCGAGAGCAGAUCAGCGAAAACAAGAAUGUGACAAUGGAACUCGAGAAGUUGCAACCAGCAUUUGAAACCCUUAAGCAGCGAGGCGAUGAUCUGAUUGGACGUUCUGAAGGAGCUGACAAAGAUUUCUGUGCAAAAGCUGUUCAAGACCAAUUGGACAAGAUGGUUUUCUACUGGGCUGACAUCAAAGCGCGGGCAGAGGAACGGGAAGCAAAGCUGCUCGAUGUGAUGGACCUGGCUGAAAAAUUCUGGUGCGAUCAUUCUGCUCUGAUUGUCACCAUUAAAGACACCCAGGACUUAAUCCGAGAACUGGAGGAACCCGGGAUAGACCCAUCAGUUGUUAAAGAACAGCAAGAGGCUCUGGAGACAAUCAAAGAAGAAGUUGAUGGGCUACAGGAGGAACUGGAGAUAGUUCAGAACCUUGGAGCCGAGUUGACUGCAGCCUGUGGAGAGCCCGAUAAACCCGUGGUGAAGAAAAAUAUAGACGAGCUGAAUUGUACCUGGGACAUUCUGAACAAGGCAUGGAAAGAUCGCAUUGACAGGCUGGAUGAAGCAAUGCAGGAGGCUGUUCAGUUCCAGGAUGCACUACAGGCCAUGUUUGAUUGGAUGGAUAUUGCAGAGACUAAGUUAAAUACUCUACCUCCAAUUGGUACAGAUCUUGAAACAGUGAAGCAACAAAUUGCUGAACUCAAGCAAUUUAAGACCGAGGCAUACCAGCAGCAAAUAGAGAUGGAACGACUGAACCAUCAGGGAGAACUGUUACUGAAGAAAGUGAGUGAAGAUGAUGACAAGCGUGUUGUACAGGAACCUCUUCAUGAGUUGAAACAUCUCUGGGAAAAUCUGGAUGAGAAAAUUGUCAACAGACAACAUAAACUGGAAGGUGCUCUGUUAGCUCUGGGGCAGUUCCAGCAUGCCCUGGAUGAGCUGAUGACUUGGCUGACCCACACCGAGGAGCUACUAAAUGAACAGAAAGCUGUUGGUGGAGAUCCCAAAGCCAUUGAAAUCGCAAUUGCUAAACAUCACGUUCUACAGAAUGAUGUCCUCGCGCACAAGUCCACUGUGGAAACUGUGAACAAAGCUGGAAAUGAUCUGCUCGAAUCGAGUGAUGGGGAAGAAGCCAGCAGCCUGCAGAGCAAGCUAGAAAUCCUGAACCAGCGCUGGAACAAUGUCCUGGAACAAACCGAGCAACGGCAACAGCAACUGCAAUCCUCUCUCAUCCAGGCUCAAGGUUUCCAGAGCGAGAUUGAAAAUAUGCAGCGCUGGCUGGUAGACAUUGACCGUCAGCUGUCGGCAUCAAAACCUGUUGGAGGCUUGCCAGAAACUGCCAGGGAGCAGCUUAACGUUCAUCUGGAACUCUGUGCUGCAUUUGAAAGCAAAGAGGAGAUCUACAAGGACCUGAUAAAUAAGGGGCAGCUGAGCUAUAAGGGUGUUGAUGACAGUAACGUGGAGCAAGGCAUCAACAACCUAAAGGAAAGAUGGGAAUCGGUUGAAGUAAAACUAAAUGAACGAAAGGUUAAACUGGAGGAGGCCCUCAACCUAGCCACAGAGUUUCACAAUUCACUUCAAGAUUUCAUCAAUUGGUUGACCCAAGCAGAGCAAACUUUGACAUUAGCUUCUCCGCCGAGUCUUAUUUUGGACACGAUUUUGUUCCAAAUUGAUGAACACAAGGUUUUUGCCAAUGAAGUCAACUCACACCGUGAAAAAAUAAUUGAACUGGAUAAAACUGGGACCCACCUGAAGUACUUCAGUCAGAAGCAGGAUGUGGUACUCAUUAAAAAUUUACUGAUCAGUGUUCAAGCUCGAUGGGAGAAGGUUGUGCAGCGUUCUGUUGAUAGGGGAAGAGGACUAGAUGAUGCAAGGAAACGUGCUAAACAGUUCCAAGAGGCAUGGAAGAAAUUGAUGGAAUGGUUGGAAGAUUCAGAAAAAAACCUGGAUUCUGACCUUGAAAUUGCUAAUGAUCCAGACAAAGUGAAAAUGCAGCUUUCCAACCACAAGGAGUUCCAGAAAGCGCUAGGAGCAAAGCAUUCAGUGUACGACACUACAGUAAGAACCGGUCGUUCUUUAAAAGAGAAGACAACUCUGGCUGAUGACCACCAAAAGCUCGAUGACAUGUUGAGUGAGCUUAGGGACAAGUGGGACACGGUGUGCGGAAAGUCAGUGGAAAGACAGAACAAAUUGGAGGAAGCACUGCUGUUCUCAGGCCAAUUUACAGAUGCCUUGCAAGCUCUGAUUGAUUGGCUGUACAAGAUUGAACCCAUGCUGGCUGAAGAUCAGCCAGUCCAUGGGGACAUCGACCUGGUGAUGAACCUGAUUGAUGCUCACAAGGUCUUUCAGAAGGAGUUGGGUAAACGGACCAGCGGUGUCCAAGCCCUCAAACGCUCUGCCCGUGAACUAGUAGAUGCCAGCCGCGAUGAUUCCUCCUGGGUCAAGGUGCAGAUGCAAGAGCUCAGUACUCGCUGGGAAACUGUCUGUGCCCUCUCUGUUUCCAAACAAGCCCGACUAGAGCAAGCCCUGAAUCAGGCUGAAGAGUUUCACUCUGCAGUGCACGUAUUGCUGGAGUGGCUGGCUGAAGCCGAACAGACUCUUCGUUUCCAUGGCGUUCUUCCAGAUGACGAUGAAGCCCUGCGUGUGCUUAUAGAGCAGCACAAGGAGUUUGCGAAGAAACUGGAAGGAAAGAUGAUUGAGCUGAAUUUAGCAGUGGGUAUGGGAGAAGCUAUCCUAUCUAUCUGCCACCCAGACUCUAUCACAACCAUCAAGCAUUGGAUCACAAUAAUCCGAGCCAGAUUCGAAGAGGUAACUGCAUGGGCUAAACAGCAUCAACUGCGGCUUGAAGCAGCCCUCGCAGAUGUUAUUGCUAAUCAAGAGUUACUGGAGAGCCUGUUGGGCUGGUUACAGUGGGCAGAGACGAUACUGACUCAGAGAGACCAAGAAUCACUUCCACAGGAGAUCGAAGAAGUCAAAACGCUUAUUGCCGAGCACCAGUCUUUCAUGGAGGAAAUGACCAGAAAGCAGCCAGAUGUGGAUAAAGUAACAAAAACAUACAAGAGGAAAGCUGCGGAACCAACCCAGAUUGCAUCCCAAAUUCCUGUCAUUGAUAAAGGAAGGUCAAGGAAAAGACUGCCAGCAAGGGCUCUGUAUUCACCUGCAACACAAACCAUUGAGACUAAAAAUCCACGUGCUAACCUACUCGUCAGUAAGUGGCAGCAAGUCUGGUUGUUGGCUCUGGACAGACGACGGAAACUCAAUGACGCACUUGAUAGACUGGAAGAGCUGAAAGAGUUUGCCAACUUUGAUUUUGAUGUUUGGCGAAAGAGAUACAUGCGAUGGAUGAACCACAAGAAGUCCAGAGUAAUGGAUUUCUUCAGGCGCAUUGACAAAGAUCAGGACGGGAAGAUCACAAGACAAGAGUUUAUUGAUGGAAUCCUCUCUUCAAAGUUUCCCACCAGUCGUCUGGAGAUGAGUGCAGUGGCAGAUAUAUUUGAUCGAGAUGGCGAUGGCUACAUUGAUUAUUACGAGUUUGUGGCAGCCCUUCAUCCAAACAAAGAUGCUUACAAGCCUCUUACUGAUGCAGACAAAAUUGAGGAUGAGGUGACACGGCAAGUAGCAAAAUGUAAAUGUGCAAAGCGGUUUCAGGUGGAACAGAUUGGGGAGAACAAGUACAGGUUCUUCCUGGGAAAUCAGUUUGGUGACUCGCAGCAGCUGCGGCUAGUCCGUAUCCUGCGCAGUACUGUCAUGGUUCGUGUUGGAGGAGGCUGGAUGGCACUUGAUGAGUUUCUGGUGAAAAAUGACCCCUGCAGAGUUCAUCAUCAUGGGAGUAAAAUGUUGCGUUCGGAAUCAAACUCUUCAAUUACCAGUCAGUCUCCUAUAGUAAUACUCACUGCAACAAAGGGCAGAACAAAUGUUGAACUGCGUGAAAAAUUCAUGCUUCCUGAAACCACCGGUCAGUCUGUGGCUGCCUUCCGAUCACGGGGUCGUAGGUCACGGCCAUCAUCACGGGCCGCUUCGCCAAACAGGUCAACCUCCAGUGCCAGUCAGAGUAUUUCAGUUCCACCAGUAACUACAAGUACACCUCCUAAGACAUCCCAACAUUUAAUCCGCAAUUAUGAUAAACCAUGGUUGACAAACAGCAAAACAUCAACUCCUUAUAAGUCACCAGACUCCCCUGAACGCCGAAUCCCAUCUCCAGAGGUAGCCCCUAUCCAGGGAAGCAAACUGCGACCGCCUGGAUAUUUGUCUGGAAAAAGUUUCCACUCUGGAGAUGAAAGCAAUGUAACAUCAACUCCUCCUUCUAGAGGGAGGUCACAAAUACCGGCCCGAGAUUCAAGGAAAGUUCCAAGCCGGCCUACAAGCCGAGCUGGAAGCAAGACCGGCAGCCGAGCCAGUAGUCGUCGUGGGAGUGACGCUUCUGAUUUUGACAUUUCGGAUAUCCAGUCUGUAUGCUCAGAUGUUUCAGAAACAGUGCCUGACACUAGCAGAUCAGGGUCACGAGCAGGAUCUCGGCCAUCUUCCGCCAAACCUUCGAAAAUCCCAACACCGUCACGGAGGUCCCCAGCAGCUAGCAAACUGAGUGCAGCCUCCAAAAGAUAGUGUGAUCAACCCAACAGAAGUUCUCUGAAAUCAUUUGAUAGUGCAGUCCUUGGGAUGUAAAAUAUUCUGUAGAAUCUGUUGUGAAAUAUUGCAAGAGGUGGACUUUUAAUGCUGCAGAAUGGCCUUAUUUGUGUUUUUGUCUUGUGAGGUAUGUUAUUUUAUGUGAAUAAUUAUUUUGAUCAUUUUUUUUGUUGACACCAUAUCCUCUGGAGGGAAAAUUAAAAAGAGCUUUUAAGAAAGAUGUAAGUUAAACUAAUAUUUUUACAUGAUAAUAUGGAAUUAGGUAACUAUCUCAAAAAGCUGUUUCUGAAUGUACUGUUAAAAAAUAUAAAAUCCCAGGAACGUGUUAUGUCAGUAAGCAGGCAGAUGACUCCAUAAUUUGCUAACCGCUCUGAUUACCUCAUACACAAUUCAAUGAGGCAAUGCUGGAUUUUGUGAAAUAAUCUUUAUUUUUGUUCAGAGCUGAUUUUCCUUAAUUAACCACAAAGCAAAUGUCUGUGUCCCAGGUAAUUAACAAAGGGAUGUAAAAAAUUGAUCAGCACUACCUUAAUGUAGCAAACUUGAACUUACUCACAAAUGUUUAAUUAACACACUUAGACUGGCUGUUAAUACACUUAAAAGAAAUUCCUGCAGCAUUUUUGUGCCAUUUCAUAUUGCUGAGAUCAAACUGCCAUUGUUAAAAACCCCAUGCCCUCCCCACAACAAGUCAUUUAUACUAAUUAUAAUUAAUAUAUAUAAGUAUGAAGUGUGUUGAUGUCAAUGUGAAUUUUUUUUUGCUUGAGUGGAAGAUAAUUGUAUCAUUGAUCCCAUUUUGUAUUAAAGCAAAGUUGCUUGCAGUAAGUCACGAUCCGGAUCAUCCCUACUUGUUACUUUACAGCAAUACUUCAUGCAAGACUAUUUCCUUAUUUAUUUAACAAAGUAGAUGAUAAUUUAAUGUAGGCUUUCGGCAGUGAAUGAAUGACCUAGAAGGGUUCCUCCAAAAUGCUUAUUAAAGCAUUCUUUUCAGACUUA